GUCAUGCAUAAGGGCACCCGCAGGGGGGUGCAAGGUGAUGCUUUUGCACCUCCCUGGAUUCUGAGUACCGGUAUCCAAAUUCUAUCCAUUUUUAUUUGCACCAUCAGAUCAAUUAAAAUCUAAGUAGCAACUAAGCAAGUUGUGUCAGACUGAAGUAUUAAGGAUUUUAGAUCUAAAAAUAUGUUAUACAGCCAAAUUUUGGCAGAACCAUUUUUUUUCCACUAUGUCAUACUAUAAGAACUGGAUUCUGAGAAGCCAAUUUCUAGCCAUUUUUGGCACUAUCGGAUCAGUUAAAAUCUAAAGUAGCAACUGAACAAGUUGUGCUUCCACUGGUGACUGAAGUACAGUUACAGUAUACUAGCCUCCCUCUAGGCUUAUCAGGAAUUAAUGGCCGGCCUUGUAUGUGCAUGGUGCACCCCUCUGAAUUCUGAGUAGCCAAAUUUAAGCCAAUUUUUUACCCCUUAAAUCAAUUAAUUUCUUGUAAGUAGCAACUUAACUGAAGUACAGUUUUAAGGAUUGUAUUACUAUUGUAAUAAACUAGUAUGAGCUAGUUUAUAGUUCAUGUCCGACCAGUGCGCCUUAUUAUAGGCUUGCAAUGCUUUGCACUAUAAAGUGUUUCAAAUAUUAUGUAUCAUUUAACUGCACAGCGAAAUUUUGUAGUCCACCUGACUCGUACACCUGAUCCAGUGGAGGAUGAAGUCAGUGAAGAAAAUGGUGAAGAUGAAUCUGGUGAUGCUGCUACAAGAAAUGUAACCAAAAAACCUGAUCUAGUGCGACCAAAUUCUUUGGAUAAAUUAGAUGAGAAAUGGGUUUAUACUCAUGCUAAACAGGUUUCUCGCAUGUUACCAGGAGGUCUUAAUGUCAUUGGACUUUUUGCUUUAGCCCCCUCACUUAUGCUGAAAACCUCACAAAGCAAACUUAAACAGAUACUUUACAGCCUAUACAAGAAUUUGAACAAAAAUGUUAUUGUAUCUACUGAAACUACUACAGACAGAAUUCUUUUACAAUUGGACACAUCUACAAAAAAAUUAUCCUGUACUACAAUUGAUGCGUCUGAUAUUAAGAGUGCUCCAAAACCAUCUGAAUGGAAAUAUCAUUCAGGAGAAAAUCAAUGGGUCAAGCUAACUUCUCUUGUAAACUUAGACAUUCCCAUAUGUGUUUCAUCUGAAAGCAAACAUCAGACACUUAUCAAACAACUGCAAGUUGGUCUUGUGGAAUUUGGAGACUCAAUUAAAAGAAGCAUAAUAACUUUUAAUGGUUUGAUUAGAGAACCUUCCGAAUCUUUGUUGGUUCUCUCUGAUAGAAAGGGAAGGAAAGAUAUUCAUAAUGCAUCAGAUUCUAUAAUUACACAAGAUGUUGUUAUUUAUUUACCACUUGAAAGUAAAGAUGGAUUGUGUGAACCAAAAGUGAAAACAUCACAGGCAACUAUCAAUAUGAUUGGAACAACUGUUAUAAGAGCAUUUGUGUCCACUAAAGCCACUGUCAGGGAUGCAAUAGAGGCUGUAAAAAUGGACAUCAUUAGAAGUUUGAUGAUUCGCUGUGAAUUAUUAUGCGAAGAAUUCAAUGUCACUGAAGGCAAACAGGGAAGUGAAGUGUAUGAUCCACCUGUAAGGCUGUUUUGUCAACUACCACAAUGUGGACUGGAAGUAUGCGACUAUGUUUUUCAGGAUGAAAAGCAAGAUGAAGUCAAAGAAAGAAUUAAAGAAUUACUUGAUAUUGAAGUAGAAGAGCUAGAAGAAACAGAGAAAAGUGCAGCUGAUGAUGGAACAUGGAGCUGUCCAUCAUCCUUAUCCUGUAUGAGCAGUCACCAAUCGUUAGCAGCACCACAAAUCUCAGAUAAUAGACAUCUAAUGAAAGCUUCUUUUUGGACUACUGUUGGUUGUCUAAUUGCAGUUGUGGCUUCAUGGAUGUCAUAUCAAUACAUGUAUGAUGAGUGACAAAUUUUCCCAUGAAUAUUACUGACUACUUGGAAAGAUUUUAAGAAUAAUAUAUAUAUAUAUAUACUUAUGUGUGUGUAUAUGUAUAUAUAUAUAUAUAUAUGCAUGUAUGUAUGUAUAUUGAACUAAUUUUUUCUUGAUAUGUGUUGGUUUACUUGUUCUCAUGUUAUCUAAAAUAUACUUAUGUACCCGGUACCUUAAGUUAUAUAUUUGUGUAACAGGUCGGUAUCAUGGAUAUGAUAAUUCCAUUAAGUUAGGGUUUCACUAAAAAAAAAAUUAGUAAUUACCGGGUAUUCUGAAAUACAUAUAAUGUAUUUUGUUAUUAGUUCUUCCCAGUAGCGACAAUUCUCAACAGUUUACUUAACUAGAAUUUUUUUAAUUUUCACUUCUCACCCUGCUUUGGACUACUGCAUGAACUAGAGUACCGGGACAUUUCAACUUUAACAAAAGCUUCUGUCAUGGUUUCAUACUUAACAUCAACAAAAAAGUUUGUUAGUUAAUUUUAACAUGUAAUUAUAAGUUACUGGUAUCUCAAAUAUUUUUUUUUAUAGAGCAUUAUUCACAUAGACUUUGCAACAUUCUUUAUAGAAAAUCGAUUUAUGAAGAUACACAGCCAAGUUGUUGUUAUUUGUGUAAGAUGUUACAAAUAGCAGUAUCGUGUAAGUGGGUCAGCAACCAAAUGAAUAUCUCCAGCAAACUCAACUAGAACUAUGAACUAUAUAUCUUUGGCAUUAUAUUUACAUAGAUCCAAUGUUUAUUUUCCUCUUCAACUUAAAAAAAAGUCCCCAUUUCUAUUAUAUUCACCAUAACAUUAGAGAAAAGUGGUAAUAUAUUAUACUUAAAUGUAUUAUUGAUUUUUUUUUUUUUUUGCUGACUGCUAGUUCGAAUUGAAUUAUUGAUUAAGACAUGUUUUAAUAUCUAUUAUCCUCAAGUUAAGGUUUUAGGGGAUACUAGGAAACAAUAAACAAUUAUAUUUUGCAACAUCAA